UGAAGCGGGACCAUGAAAACGCAAAUAAUCGAAGGCCAAUAAAACCGACUUCAAUCUUGUUGGCGCUAUAGAGAAACCUCUCCCGGCGUUCUCCUCUGCUGAAGCUCCGAGGCUUGCCGGAUAUCCCGAAGACCCGAACACAGCAACCCAGCUCCAGUUGCUCUGUUGCUGUUCAGACCCUGUUGUCUAAUUUCAAUAAAUUUGAGCUGUUAAUGAUUGCCUAGCCGCCCAGUUUGUAUGAUUGUAUCAGUUGCCGACUCACUGUCUCACUCGGUUAGUGAGGAGAAGCCCUCAGAAGCUUGAAGAAAAAAAAAUAAAGGACCAAAAUCAACAAGUUAUCGAUGAUGACACUGGAAGGAGUGGCCUUAAAAUUAUCCCCAUAUUCAUUCCCCAUGAUAACAACCCCUGCCUGCCGCACCCCUCACACCUUCCGACGCUUUCUCGUCUCGGCUUCAACUGCUGCAGCUCCACCCGCAUCCCUCUCACUUGGUCACUCGACCCGACCCGAUUUCCCUAUCCUUCACCAGGAAGUAAAUGGCUCUAGACUUGUUUACUUGGACAAUGCUGCAACUUCCCAGAAGCCCAUCACUGUGUUAAAGGCUUUGCAGGAUUACUAUCAAGGUUACAAUUCAAACGUGCAUCGCGGGAUUCAUUACUUAAGUUCAAAGGCAACAAUGGAAUAUGAAUUGGCGAGAAAGAAGAUUUCGGAAUUUAUCAAUGCAUCAGAUGCUCGAGAAAUUGUUUUUACUAGGAAUGCUACUGAAGCUAUCAAUCUGGUUGCUCACUCGUGGGGACUCCAAAAUAUAAAAUCAAAUGAUGAGAUCUUACUCACAAUUGCCGAACAUCACAGUGCGAUUGUUCCCUGGCAACUUGUAGCUCAAAAGACCGGUGCCAUUUUGAAAUACGUGGAACUAAAUGAAGAUGGAGUUCCAGAUGUGGAAAAGUUAAAAGAUAUGCUUUCAAGAAAGACAAAACUUGUAGUUGUUCAUCAUGUCUCAAAUGUGCUAGGUUCUGUUCUUCCUAUUGAAGAUAUCACGUGUUGUGCUCAUGAUGUUGGGGCAAAAGUUCUUGUAGAUGCUUGUCAGAGUGUUCCACACAUGGCGGUUGAUGUACAGGAUCUUAAUGCUGACUUUCUUGUUGCUUCCUCUCACAAGAUGUGUGGGCCUACGGGAAUUGGAUUCUUAUACGGCAAGAGUGACCUAUUUUCUUCCAUGCCUCCAUUUUUAGGUGGUGGAGAAAUGAUAUCUGAUGUAUUUCUUGAUCAUUCCACUUAUGCCGAACCUCCCUCUAGAUUCGAGGCUGGAACACCAGCAAUUGGGGAAGCAAUUGGGUUAGGAGCAGCUAUUGAUUAUUUGUCUGGAAUUGGUAUGCAACGGAUACAUGAAUAUGAGAUAGAGCUGGCCAAAUAUCUAUAUGAUAGUCUUUGUUCAAUACCCAACAUUCGAAUUUAUGGUCCGGUGCCUUCAGAAGAUGUCCACCGCGCUGCUCUUUGUUCUUUCAAUGUCGAGAAUAUACAUCCUACAGAUUUGGCAACUCUUCUUGACCAACAGCAUGGAGUGGCUAUCCGAUCAGGUCACCACUGCGCCCAACCCCUUCAUCGACAUUUAGGCGUCGGUGCAAGUGCACGUGCGAGUCUUUACUUCUACAACACUAGAGAGGAUGUUGAUGACUUUAUCCAUGCCCUAAAUGACACAGUCAGAUUCUUUAAUUCUUUCAAGUAGUCUUGUAGUCAAUGUUCAAUUCCCAGCCAUUUGUAAAUUUUGUAUCAGUUAAGUUGUUCGAGAAUGAUUACUCUUAGAAAAGAAAAUACGGUUGCUGUUAUUUUUUUACAUACCUCGGAUAUGUGGACAAAAUAAAUGCACAAAUUUGUAUAAAGUA